AUAUAUUCGCGAUAAAUAUUUUUGAAAUUACUUGUAGAAUCGAAAAUUCCUAAUCUUAUUUAUUGCUUUUGUCAAAGUCAAAAGUGUUUUGUUAUUUAUAACCUACAAUAAAUUGAAUGUUUAACGCGUACAAUUUUUCUACCGUUUCUACAUUUAGGUUUUUUUGCAGUAAUAUGAUUUUACCAGAUUCGCUGUUAUUCUGUAUAUCAAUGCUAGAUACAGGAGCCUUGUUAUUUUUGUUAAUAUACUUUGUAAUAACACUGUCUGAUUUAGAAUGUGAUUAUAUGAACGCUCAAGAAUGCUGCUCAAAAUUAAACCAAUGGACAAUUCCAAAAUUGAUUGCUCAUGUCUUUUUAAGUACACUUCUAUUUAUCCAUGGACAUUUUGUUCUAACGUUUUUAAAUUUACCCAUGACUAUGUGGAUGGUUUAUGAAAUAUUGACAGUACCAAGAGGAAAUAUGGGUCUGUAUGAUCCCACAGAAAUUCAUCAAAGAGGACAGAUAAAAAAACAUAUGAGAGAUUGUAUGAUAUAUCUCGGAUAUUAUCUAAUAUUUUUCUUUAUUUAUUUGUAUUGUCUAAUUACGUCUCUACUAAAAGGUGAUCCAAUCAACAGAAAAGAUGAAGGUGAAGUUAUACAUGAUUUUUAAGUGUAAAAAUUCGUCCGAAGUUUAAUGUAUUUGUCCAUUACAUAUAUUUCUCAAUUCCUAUAAUGGAUACUGAACUAUUAAAUGUGAUAUUUGUGAACAAAACUUUUAAUUUUUAAGUAUUAAACUCAUUGAAAUGUUUUCAAAAACGAGUCUGAUAUUAUUAAGAGUAGAUUUUUGUCUCUUCUUUAUUAAGUGUAUUA